UAACAAUUACUAAGAAACUGGCUUAUAUUAACAUUACUGGCAAGGUUUGUUCAAUAAAUCCUGCUCAAACAGAUCAGUUCACAACUGCUAGUGUAUUUCUUGAACAUUCCAAUGAAACUGCUGAGAGCCAGAUGUGGAAUCCUGCCAGAUUUGUUCAAUAAAACCUUGCCUGCUGCACCGUAGAUUGUCAGACAAGUAAAAUGAUGUAUAACAAGUUAAAUGAAUUCCUCACUGAGCAUGAGGUGGAAUCCAGGAUCCUUGCCGCCUUGGGGCUCUGUGUUGCUGUGUCCCUGUAUGGGUUGAAAUGGAUGAAGAAAAGGAACAUUUUGAAGAAGAUACAACAAGAGAAAAAAAGAAAAGAUAUGGAAAAACUGGCUGAGAAGUUCAAGAAACAGAAUCCAGAUGGAGUUUCCAGAAGAAUCCUUAACUUGUCAUUGCAGGAACUUACAGAAAAACUCAAGGAUGGAUCACUUUCUCCUGAGAGUGUCUUGUACACGUAUGUUGAUAAAGCUUUGGAAGUGACCAGAGAUACCAACUGUAUAACCGUUUUUAUGACUGACUGUGAGAACCAGCUCCAAGAAGUCAAAAAGCAGAAGCAAAAGGGUCUAUUAUAUGGCGUUCCCAUAUCUAUAAAGGAGCAUGUUGGAUACCAGGGGCAUCCUUCCACAUGUGGCCUGGUGCAAUACCUUGAUGAGCUUGAGAUAGAAGACAGUGUUAUUGUUAAGGUUUUGAAAAAACAAGGGGCUGUUAUAUUUGCGAAGACCAAUGUGCCACAGACACUGAUAUGUUAUGAAACAAGCAACCCAAUAUACGGACUUACAACAAAUCCCCAUAAUCACACUAAAGGUGCUGGUGGAUCUACUGGGGGCGAGGGGGCAUUAAUUGGAGGCGGAGGCUCAGUUUUAGGUUUCGGCACAGACCUUGGUGGAAGUAUCCGGCUCCCAUCCAGCUUCUGUGGAAUACCUGGAUUCAAGCCAACUCCGAACAGGUUGAGUAUUCAUGGUGUGCGACCUUGUGUCGAUGGCAUGCUUGCAGUGCCGCUGUGUAUUGGACCAAUGGCAAGGGAUGUGGAUAGCCUUGCUUUAUGCAUGAAGGCUCUUUUGUGUGAUGAGAUGUUCACGUUAGAUCCAACAGUUCCACCACUUCCUUUCAAUGAAGAGGUGUACACUACUUCUAAACUCUUGCGCAUUGGAUAUUACGAAACUGAUGACUUUACAUUGCCAAACCCAGCUAUGAGGCGUGUGUUCUUAGAAACAAAAAAGCUGCUGGAAGAAGCUGGACACACGCUGAUACCUUUCAAACCUCCCCGAAUUGACUACAUGGUAAAUGAGCUGUUUAUGAAGUCAUUGCUUGGUGAUGGAGGGCAAACAUUAGGAGAGAAGCUCAAAAACAACAUUUUAGACCCACGUCUGAGUGAUCUGAGCUUACUUUGCAACAUUCCUAAUAUAGUGAAGAAAGUUCUGGCCUUAUUAUUGAAACCAUUGCUCCCAAGAUAUGCAUGGUCCUUGAGUUCAGCACAAGGUUCAAGCUCCGUAAACGACCAUUGGAAGCACCAUACAGCUGUAAAGGAUUACCAGACUGAAUUUAUUGCUGAAUGGAGAAAGUUGAAUUUAGAUGUGGUACUGGCUCCUAUGUUGGGUCCAGCUUUUAACCCAGGUCAUCCUUCAAAGCUUCUAGCGGCUAUUUCCUACACAAUGUUGUACAACGUGGUAGCGUUUCCAGCUGGUGUUGUACCUGUGGGUUCUGUCACACAAACAGAUGAAGAAGAACUAAAGAAUUACAAGGGGCACUAUAAUGACAUGCUGGACAAACUGUUUGUAAAGGCCGUGGAAGGAGGACUAGGGCUCCCCCUGUCUGUUCAGUGUGUAGCUUUACCCUACCAAGACGAGCUAUGCCUGCGCUUUAUGAAAGAAGUUGAGACUGUGCACCAGAACAAGAAAAAGAAAGCCUGAGUUUAUUGGUUUAGUUGAACGCUUACUGAUCAGAGCCUUUAUUUUCAUUUGUACUAGAGCUUGAAAAGUUGUUGCAUGUCUGAAUUCUGUCUCUGUUGUAAGAACCAUGUUUUAAGCCUUUCUUUUUUGUAUAAUGGGUGUGAACAUCAGAAAUAAUGGCAGUACACAUUUUUCAUAUUGAUUUCAAACAUACUGAACAAGUCUGGGGCAUAGUGGGCCUUUUCAUUUUAUCACAUGAUAUGUAAUCAUCACAAUAUAUUAGGAUAAAUUCAAAGGGAAUCUAGGGUUUUUCGGUGGCUCAACUUGACAAAAGGGGGUGAGGUUGAUGGCACUGGGGAUGGGGCAGUGAUGCUGAGAGUGGGCAUGAUGAUGUCAGGGACAGGCACAAUGAUGUUGAGUGUGUUUAUGACGUGUGGGUUAUUGCAUCACUUAGAUGCAAUUGGCUGGGUUUUCUUUUAUUAAUGUUCUAAACCGGUCAAUCCUUUGAAAAACUGGGAUGUCCUGUUCAAAACUGGACAAGUAGGACAGGACCUUACCUCUGUCUAUUUUUUUCCUUAAUAAAAAGUAAUGGAUCUUUUAUACAAA